UGUUUCAGAACUGAAGGUUGUGUGUUGUCCCACUUUAAAGAGCCGGAAAAUGAGUUUUUGUGAAAAUGGAAUUUCAAAUGGCUAGCUAAUUCUUAUGGCCUGCUCUUCGCGUUACUACCAUUUAAGAAUUGUUGAGCUAAGAGACAGAAAUUCUGGGUCGAUAAAAUGACACAGGCAAACGCCACGAAACCUAAGGCAGCUCCGCCGGAAAAGGAAGGCGGCAAGAGCAAUUUAAACUUGACUUCCGACGAGCUAAAGGAAGAAGGGAAUCGGUGUGUGAAAGCCGGCAAUUUUACUGAGGCCAUUCUUCACUAUACACACGCCAUAAAGCUAAGCCCCUCAGAUGCUAUAUUGUACAGCAACCGGUCGCUGGCGUUUUGUAAACUUCAGCAGUACUACUAUGCGAAUGAGGAUGCCGAGAAAGCUAUUGUUCUGAAUCCCACCUGGGCGAAAGGUUACUAUCGAAAAGCCGAGGUCAGCAUGGGCGUGGGACAGUACGAUACGGCUCUGUUGUCCUACGGGAAGGCAUUGCAGUUGCAGCCCCAAGACAUGGGUAUCAUUCUGGCAGCGAGGAAAGCAGCCUCACUUAGCAAUGCAGACAGACUUGAGGAGAAACGAGCUCCUCUCAUCGGUAGCGCGAUUGGAUGUGUCGUUGGGCUGUGCAUCGUUCUGGCAGACAUGCUGUUGACGGAAAAACCUACGAUAAAGUACACCACAUUGAUGGUACUCGUUGUUCUGAUUAUCGCAGGUAUAGGAUUUGGAAUAGCAAAAAUGAUAAGAUACUACAAACAACAGCAACGUAAAGGUUUGCUUGAACCUCCACUCGACCUGCUGGAAGAGUUUCAAAAAACAAAAGACGACAUCAAUGAAGAUGGGUCCCCGAGUGGUGAACAAAGGCCUGUGAGAAAUCGCUACACCAAAGCGCAAGCAAGGCAACGGCUUAAAAAAGCUAAAUCUUAGUUAGAACCCCUUCGGUGUGACAACAUCUCUUAUGGACCCUAGACAUUCAAGACAGAUUUUAUACGACUAUGGAACAGGCAAUGACUUCCCUAGCAGCCACUGGGAGUCAAAUCUAGUGCACAUAACGAUUCGGCACUACUGUUAGCCACAGAUCUUACCACGGCAUAACGAAUUAUUUGGCGGUUUGAAGUGUUUGUUUAAGACGUCUCGUGCAUCGUGUACGAAGAGGCAUUUAGAUAGGCAGUGCAAUGAGGCUUCGCCGAUUUACGUAUAUGGGAAUUUAUUGGUCGGGAUUUCAGUUCAAUAUACGGCAUGAAAUUUACACAGCGGUCAUUCUUCGAAGGUUUUCUUUUACAUCGCCAGGCAGUAAACGUCACCACAAUGCCGAUACUAUCAGGAUAUUUGUCGAUAUAUCGGACCAGAAAUAAAAGAAACAGCUUGCGA